AUGUUUUCUGAAAGUUCAGAUCAUGACAAAAAAGAACAACUGCAAAAUCACCAGAAUGACCCAGAUAUCACUGUGGCAUCUCCGACACUGGGGGCCUCCAGGAUAACCCUGGCAGCUCGUCUGCCCUCUCCACGGUCCAGGCUUGCUCCGCCCCGCCCCGCCCCUCCAACCGCCCAACCAAUCCCGCUCCGGGGCCUUCACGCCACGCCCCCUCCGCCUCGCUCGCCACGCCCCCUCCGCCUCGCUCGCCACACCCCCAACUCCUGCGCUUCCUACCUCGGCUGCUUGCCCGGCUCCAGCAGCACUCGGUCCCGUCUCCAUGGCAGCGUGGCGUCCCAAGCUCACUGCUCCCAACUCAGCGUCCGUAGCGAGCCGGGCCCGGAGUCUGCCCUUGUGAUGAACGGUUUGAAAGGUGCACAAGCGGGUUCGGACUCUGGGGCCCCAAUGCUGCGGAGGCGCCACCCGAGAAGGAAUUACCUAGACAAGGCAGAUGCUACAAAGGUACCAAAAAACAGACAGAAUGGCAGAUUGCUAGUGUUUGAUCCAAAUGAAAAAGUGAUGCUUGAACCAAAGGAAGCAAUGUCAGAGAAGAAAGUCUCUUCAAAAAAGAUUGAAAAUAAAGUCUCUUUAAAGAAUACUGAAAAAAGAGUAUCUUCAAAAAAUAUUAAAAAUAAAGAUUUCUUAACAAAUCUACAGUCUGACCAAUGGCCAGGUGAAGGGGGCAAAGACACAAUUAUUGCAAAGCAAGAGAAAAAUAAUGAACAUUAUGUUCAGGRUAUUGAUAAGUUGUCGGAAUCAACGGAUGCUGAUGGUGAGGAUGAUACCAGUGAUGAAGAUGAUGAAGACAGUAACCCUAAAAAGGAUACUCGUGCCCCAUUAGAGUUGAUGGCAGAAUUCCUGAGAGCAGAAAUGGGCCGAGACUAUCAUCUUGCAAAAAAAUUAUGUCAGAUGAUCCUAAUCUAUGAACCAGAAAAUCCUGAGGCCAAGGAGUUUUUAUCACUUAUUGAAGAAAUGUUGCUGAUGGAGAAAGCUCAGAAUCUCAAGGAAGAUGAGGAAGACAGCGAAGAGGACAGCAGUGGUGAGAGCGAGGGAGAAAGCAGCGAGGACUUGAGUGACGAGAGUUCUGAUGAGUGUGAAGAUGGAUCAUGAAGGUCACUGGGUGGCUUCAGCUUUGUGUAUUUUCAUUAUUGUAUACCAUGCACAUAUAAAGAAGGAGAGCUGCAUCUUUGUCUAUUGGUUCUUUCUUUGGUAUAGAGAGUUCUUUUCAGUUAUCCAUAAUCUUAGUUGGAGCUCCUUCCUAAUAUUUAAGCCUUUAGUCAAUAUGAAUUAGGAAACAGUAUGUGCCAGGUACUGUGUGCCCUACACACAUUAGUAUUUAAUUGAACAACUCCAUGAACUUGACCCAUUCUACAGAUGAGAAAACUGAGAUGAAGAGAGGGUAAGUAGCUUACCUAGCCUCUUGUGCACCUAUUAAUUUGUACAGCCUAGAUGUAGAUGUGGACAUUAUGACUCCAGAAGCUAUAUUUUCAGUCCCCCAUGAAGGACCACCACAUCAGGCACAUUUAUGUCAUUUGUUUGGUUCUUUAUGGCAUAUAUCAACAUCUGAAACACUUCAUUUUUUGUUCUUCUUAUCCUCUCCCUAACUGACAUACAAUGCAACGUCCAUGAAGCAAGACUUUUUCUUUUUCACUAUUGUAUUCCUAGAAACUGGAUAAAUGUCUGGCAAAUAAUAAGCUGGGUAUACACCAAGUGAAUAAAAGA